UCAAGCAUCCCCAUAUGUCCUCUGGCUUGUACUCCAGGUGUGUGUGUGAGAGAGAGAGAGAGAGAGGGAUCACCACUUGACUUUACUCUUUGCAUUGAAUCUUUGACGCCUGGAUUAACCAGUAAAGAAAGUAACCGUAUUCUCUAGUUACUAAAAUACCAACUAUACAUAAAUAUGGAGUGAUGAAAAGGUCGUCUUUUCUUUUCUUUAAUUACAGACUUAGAGAGUGAGAAAGAGGGACAAAAAGCUAGAAACUACAUUGAAACGCAAACAACUUCCUCCAAAAGAAGUGAAUCACGGAUUUCUCUCUCGCUUUAUUGACUGUACAAGGAAGGAAUCAAAUGGUUCGAUUUCGAGAAAAUGCAUCUCAACUUGACGCCAUUGCUGGUGAAAUGAGCCUGUUGUAGUCUUUCAGUUGGUGGAUCUAUGAGGAGUCGGUGGAGAAUCAAAAUGUUGCAAUGUGAGAAAUAGUUUUUGGAUUUCAAUUGUUUAGACAGUGAUCGUUUCAGGAUUACUUGUUGAAAGCAUUGAGAUUUCUAUUAAUUGAUUGAAGAAAGAGAGAUUAAUGGAGUCCCGUAUGGAUCAAUAUGAGAUCAUGGAGCAGAUCGGCCGCGGUGCCUUUGGCGCUGCCAUUCUCGUCCACCACAAAUCCGAGAAGAAGAAGUAUGUUUUGAAGAAGAUCCGCCUAGCACGACAAACUGAGCGAUGCAGGAGAUCUGCUCAUCAAGAAAUGGCUCUCAUUGCACGAAUUCAGCACCCUUAUAUUGUGGAAUUCAAAGAAGCAUGGGUUGAGAAGGGUUGCUAUGUUUGCAUUGUCACUGGAUACUGUGAAGGUGGAGACAUGGCUGAAUUAAUGAAAAAAUCAAAUGGUGUAUAUUUUCCUGAAGAGAAACUAUGCAAGUGGUUUACACAACUACUCUUAGCUGUUGAAUAUCUGCAUGCGAAUUUUGUUCUGCACCGGGACUUAAAGUGUUCGAACAUCUUUCUCACCAAAGAUCAGGAUGUUCGCCUUGGGGAUUUUGGACUUGCUAAAACCCUGAAAGCGGAUGACUUGGCUUCCUCAGUUGUUGGAACUCCCAAUUAUAUGUGUCCUGAACUCCUUGCAGAUAUUCCUUAUGGUUUCAAAUCCGACAUUUGGUCUUUGGGAUGCUGUAUGUAUGAGAUGGCUGCUCAUCGCCCUGCUUUCAAAGCUUUUGACAUGGCAGGUUUGAUUAGCAAGAUAAAUCGUUCCUCCAUAGGCCCUUUGCCGUCCUGUUAUUCUCCAGCCUUGAAAACAUUGAUAAAAGGAAUGCUGAGAAAGAACCCAGAGCAUCGGCCUAGUGCAUCUGAGAUUUUGAAGCAUCCUUACUUGCAACCUUUUGUUGAUCAAUAUCGCCCAUCCUUCACUCCCCCAGCAACCUUUUCCCCUGAGAAGUCCAUUUCUACCACCCGUGAUUCUCGGAGAAGUAUGGAUGAAAGCCAGAACAGUAAUAGCUCUAGUAGUGACAAAGAUAGUUUGCUUUCAAGUGAUAGAAAUGUUCCAGCAAUGGUCUCAAAUUGUGAGCAUAAAGCCACUGAUACAGAUUUAACUUCAGUGGAUGAUGAAGAUGGCAAUGAACGACGCGUGCCAGGUGAAGAAAAUGGCCCUGCUAUUUUUAAAAUAGAUCAACAAAGGGUGGUGAAACCUUAUCCUGAUGAACUUGGAUCCACUGUUGAAUCAAAGCAACCAAAGACAAUUAAAACCAUUAUGAUGGCCUUAAAAGAAGGGAAAGCUAGAGAAAAUGGUUCCCCAAUGAGAGGGAACCGAAUAAAGGCUGGAGGUUCUCAAAGAAGUAACAUUGAAGCAUCUCCAAAAGUUCUCAAACCCAAUGCCCUUACUCCUGGUUUGAAGUCUAAUGCAGAUACUCCUGCUCUUGCUCCAGCGAAGGUAGCUUUUGAUUCCAUGAAACGAAUUCAGGGAUCACCUCCUUUGAAGCACCAGUUACUGAUAAUUGACAAUACAACAAAGACUAAACCAAGACAUGAUGGUGUUCCACCAUCUGGUCCAUUAAAGCAUGUUGAUGAUGGAAUUGCUGUAAAGUCAAGACAAAGAACUCCUCCUACCAAUAUGGUUAGGCGAUGUUCAUUUACAGGACGGACAAGGCAAGUGGGAACUGAUAUUCCAAAUGCCAUCAGCAACACUGUAAAGUUGAGUCCAACUGGAACAACCCAAGAGCCUGAAAAUACACAUUAUCAAUUGCCUGAUGACCAGGUCAUACGCUUCUCAAAUGAGGUCAGAGAAGAGUCUCAGAAAGCUGUAGUAGGAGCUUCCACAGGAAUGCGAGCAGAUAGUAAUAACUCUGUUUCAUCUUCAGUGUCAGUUCAUGCAUUUGAACUUUGUGAUAAUUCAACAACUCCAUCUGUUGACAUGACAGAACAGACACUUCCUAAUAAUGAGAUAGUUACCAUCAGUAACAACAUAGAAUUACAGCCACCCAGCUGCUCGGUUCCAUCCUUUGCCCAUUCCAAGUCAUCUGAAAAUUUGUUGGAGGUAAAUUAUGGAUCUGGUCAUACAUCUGUAGUUUGCUCAGCCGAAACCUCUGAGGUGGUCCCAUAUCCUCAGAAUAAUACUACUAUUGAUGAUAGAAAAGUGAGUUCAAGUGCAGCUUCAGAUCUAUCAGUCCCAAUUUCUGAAGAAGUACCUAUUUGUAAAGAUGAUGCACUUGUAACGAGGCCUGAUAGUGUUGUUCAUUCAAAUCUUACAUCUUCAUGUAGUGGUGAUGACAAAUUCACUGUUAGAGAACUGCUAUCAUCAGUUCCAGAAAACAAUUCCGCUGCUUCAGAGAUAUCAACCAGCCAAAAGGAUUGUCAUCCAGAGAAAGGAACGCACUUUCAAAACCCAGCAAUUGAGAAGCCAACUUCUACUCAUUUCCCUCCAGUUUUUGACGAUGUCAUACAUGUUAUACGGCACAGUAGUUUCCGUGUUGGGAGUGAGCAACCAGUAAUGGAAACUGUGGAGAUGGGGGUUCAAAAUGUGGAAUUUGGGAAGCUCUUGAAUGUUGUAAGAGAUGAAUUGGAGGUAAGAAAUGUGACUGCACCUUUGACUCUUAAAUCAUCAAGUUAUCCUGAAGCUAUGAAUGUGAAAUCAAAUGUCUCGGAUCAUUCUGGUCCAAAAGAAAUGGAUUUGACAAGUGCAAUUCGUCCAGCUCCGAAAUCAGAUAUUUCUGAGCCAACAAAACCCAACUCCCUCAUUACAGAAGAGGGAGCACCUGCAAAGGAAACUUUAGAUGUUAAGUCUUUUAGGCAGAGGGCAGAGGCACUUGAAGGGCUUCUAGAAUUGUCUGCUGAGUUACUGGAGCAAAACAGAUUGGAAGAGCUUGCAGUGGUUUUGAAACCUUUUGGGAAAGAUAAAGUCUCCCCAAGGGAGACUGCUAUCUGGUUAGCAAAGAGUCUCAAAGGAAUGAUGAUUGAGGACAGUGGACGGAGUUCAUGAAUUACGAUAUCCAUGCUUCCCAUGGACGAAUGCUUUGGAAUUGGAAUUGUUGCAGCUGGGAAAUUUCCUUGUCUAACGAAUAGGUGUACUUAAGGGGCUGCCGUCUCAAUUAUAUUAGACAAAUGCUUGAAAGACGAGAAGCAAGCCAAACU